UCACGGUGGGUCUCACCGGUGUGUUUGUGGCACCAGAAGUCUCCAAAAACAGACGAUGUCUCAGUCUGAACGGAGAGAAAACGCGGAGGAGUCGAAGUUAAGCUCGGAGCCGCAAAACGGAGUCCUGGUGAACCCGAGAGCGGUGUGUAACGGGUGUAAACGCUUGUACCGGGACCCUAAGAUCCUCCCCUGUCUGCACACCUUCUGCUCCGACUGCAUCGGCCAGCUGGAGCCGUUCUCGUUGUCCUCGCGCAACUGUCCGGAAAACGGCAAGAGCGAGGCGGCGCAGGGGGACCGACCCGCCGUCACCGUCACGGUGCUCUGCCCCGACUGCGACUCCGAGGUGGACAUCCCUCCCUCGGGACCGGGAGGGCUGAGCACCGACCACCUGGCGCUGGACGAGGUGUUCCUGGAGACCCUGGCGACGGACGGUCCGCUGGGAUGCGACCUGUGCGGCGAAGUAGGCGCCGAGAGCCGCUGCGACGUGUGCUGCGUCAACCUGUGCGCGUUCUGCUGCCAGGCACACAGGCGGCAGAAGCGAACAGCGUCUCACUCCGUCCAGCGUCUGGAGGAGCUGAAGUCUCGCGGUCGUCUGUGCCGCCCGGUCCUCUGCUCGCUGCACCCCGGCCAGGAGCUCCGGCUCUUCUGUCAGCCCUGCGACCUGCCCGUCUGCCUGGAGUGUGCCGCCACGCUGCACCGCGACCACGGCUGCUGCCCCACCCGGGACGUGGUCGAUCGACAUGGAGAACGCAUCCGAGAGGUGGUCACGGUGCACCUGAGACCUCGCAUGGAGCGCCUGAAGGUCUCACUGCAGAAGGUGGAAGUCUCCCAGGAGGCCUUGCAGGCCCGCGUGGACGCCACAGCGAAUGAGGUGAGGGCGUUUGCGCGAGCGUACGCCAGCGCUGUGGAGAACCACUGCCUGUCUCUGCUGCACCGCCUGGAGGAGCUCCGUGUCCAACGCAGGAACCAGCUCCACCUGCAGAAGGCUCAGCUGCAGCAGGCUCUGCUGGACGUCGGCGGCGGCGUGGAGUUUGCCGAGAGGCUGCUGAGCUGCGGCUCGGACGCGGAGAUCCUCAGCGCCAAAGGAGUGACCCUGAGGAGACUGACCGGCCUGGCGGACACCGGCUACGACCCCCACCCGGCAAACGUGGCCCCCGAUGAUGGCGGCGGCAUCAGCUUCAUGGCCAGGGAGCCUGCGGGGGAGGUGGAGGGCUACCCGCUGGUCGGGGCCAUCAACUCCAAGACGGUGGACCUCAGCAAGUGCACCGUGGAAGGAGGAGGUCUACAGAGGGGCGUGGAGGGUCAGCAGGGCCACUUCACCCUGGUGUGCCGAGACUCUGCUGGGGAGCAGGCGGAGCGAGGUGGAGAGCACGUCCUGGUCAGCAUCGUCCACAAGGAGAAGAAAGACUGCUCGUUGGAGACGACGGUGGCCGAUAACAACGAUGGAUCCUACAGAGCUUCAUACACGGCUGAAGAGACGGGAGCUUACUCAGUGUGGGUCUGUGUCAGAGCGCAACAUGUCAAGGGUUCUCCGUUUCUUCUGCAUGUGAAGAGGAAGUCGAGGCGUCACGGCGGGACGUUUCACUGCUGCUCGUUCUGCUCCAGCGGAGGAGCCAAAGAGGCUCGCUGUGGCUGCACAGGAACCAUGCCAGGAGGAUUCAAAGGCUGCGGUCACGGUCAUAAAGGACACCCCGGGAAGCCGCACUGGUCUUGUUGCGGCAGCACGGCGGAGCAGUCCGAGUGUUUGCCUCAGAGCGUGUUGGCUGCAGUUUCUCCCCGCGGACACCUCCGGACCGUUGAGCUCUGAGGAGACGAGGGGACGAGGAGACGAGGGGACGAGACCUGUCCAGGUGAUGCGAGUUCAUAAAGGAGGAUGGCAGCAGCCAAAAGGUGACUUUUGUGUCUAAGCUCGGCCAACUGAUGACGAGAUAGAGAAAAAGACAAUGAAAUGCAAUCACAGCAGCUUGUGUCUCCUCCUGAAUCACAUUAAACAAGGUUUAACCAGCAUUAUCUUUAUUAGUUCUCAACAAAGAAAGAUCUGUGAGACGUAGAUGAAACCUCGCUGAGGGCAGAUCAUCCUCUUCUAGAAGAGAUGAAUCUCUUUCUUAAUAUCGUCUCCUCUAAAGCUGAUUUUUAACCCUUGAAGCUGCUGUCGAUUUCAAAAAGGUGCUGAACUCAGUGUUUUAUAUCAAAUAAUGUAAAACUCAUUUAAAUAGAAACAUUUAGAAUCACCAAACUGUGGUACUUUUGUAUUUUUAUAUCUUUCAGUCAAGGAAAAUAUCUUUUGUAAUGUAGUGCCUAAAAACCAAUAAUGCUGAAAUAUAUAAACAGUUAUUGUUAAUAAUCCACACUGACCACUGUUAUAAAGAAGGGAUGUGCAUUGACAUUAUCAUUAAUCAUAUAUACAUAUCUUAAUACAUUUACUUCAUCAUUUUGUGUGUGUUUGUACACACUUAAAUACUGUUACCUGUACUAUUAUUGUAAGAACUUAAGUUUUUGUAACAAUAAUACUCUGAAUCCACUCUGCCUGUAAACUCUUUAUAAUACAAACCACUGCUCAGAGCUUUUGCCCCGUGUGCAUACAGAGCUCACAUAUCAAUCAGGAGCACUGAUUCAUGUUGCUAAUGAGGAGAAGGUGCUGUAGAGGAGCGCAGAGCGCUGCCUUUACUUGAGCUGGUGAGGAGGCUUCUACCUGGAAGGUGCAGUCAGCCUCCUCUUUGAAUACAAAGCUGCUCCUCUCCACUGAAAACACAAUGAGCCACCGAAUGGGUAUUUUCUGUGUUCUGAAUAACACUCGUCUUCAGUGUCAUGUCUACACUGCUGAUGAAAGGUAAAAUAGACGGAUGCAAAUACUCGAGGAGGACUUCUCUUUUUGAUUUGAGGUCCGACAUCGAUCCAAGAUUAAAGAGUCGAUAUGCUGCUGCUGCUGUUCACGUACAUUCAUCUUAGUGGUGCUUUGGUCUGCUUCACUACUUUCUACUGAGACGUUUAAGGCUGUACAAUCAAAAUAAACACACUUUAUACACACAUUACCUUGCCUCUUGUCUUUAUGGAACUGUACUAAAGGAACGCUUCACCCAACAAAAGGA